AUGACAGAUUCACAACAACCACACCAAUAUCCUCCCCCACAUGAAGUGUACAGUGGAGGCUACCACCAGCCCGGUAUGGACAUGCAUUCAGCUCAAGAUCCCAGACAGCAUGUUUACUCUUCGCAAGCCACAGCAGCAGCAGCAGUGCAAGCACCCUAUUCAAUGCAACCUGUAGGCCAUUCAUCGCCUCCUCCUCCUCAAAACCUAGGUUAUAGGCCCAUGGAUGCAGCAGCAGCAGCUGUACCUCCACCAGCUCAAAAUGCUGCUGAGCAGCCUUCAGAAGAACCUUUAUAUGUCAAUGCAAAGCAAUAUCACCGUAUUUUGAAGCGUAGAGCUGCUAGAGCUAAAUUAGAGGAAUUAAACAAACUGAGCAAGGCAAGAAAGCCCUAUCUUCAUGAAAGUAGACACAAACAUGCCAUGCGCAGACCUCGUGGUCCAGGUGGUCGUUUCUUGACUGCCAAGGAAGUCGAAGAGUUGGAGAGAACAGGCAAGAUGCCCGGUCAGUCAUCCCCCGAUGUUAAAAAGACAGAAGCAAAAACCGCAAUGCUCGAUCAAGACCAACAGCAACACUCACAGCAACAACAACAGCAGCAACAGCAUCAGCAUCAGCAACAACAGCCUACCUGGGCCACUGCUCCUCCAUCUGGUCCGCCCCAAGGCUACUCAAAUGGCAAUGCAUAUAACUAA